AUGGCUGAGGACUCCCUCGGCACCUUCUUCUCCUAUCUCGUGGGAGAUGAGGUCCCCACGACGGGGGAGAGAGAGGCUCAGGAAAGGCUGGAGCCGGAAGUGAACAGAGGACAGACGCUGAGAAUCUGGAAACGAGAGGAACGGGAGGAGCAGGAGGAGGUGGAGGAAGAGGUCAGGGCAGAGGAGCCAGGGGUGGCCAAAGGGGUGGAGUCAGAGUGGGCCUGGCACAGUGAGCCUACGGGCAAGGCUGGUGUGGGCUGGCCAGAAGCGGCUGGGGAUGACAAUGGUGAGGAGACAGGGCAGGCAGGUGAGGGGCCAUUGACUGAGGACGCCUGGGGGCCUAAGGUCAGGGAGCUUGGGACAGAAGAGGAGGAGUUAGUUGUGGCGAGCUGUGUCCAAAUUACGGUCGCACGGGAGCCACCAGGACCAGUGGCUGAGCCCGCAGCCUGCACAGCCUCAGGUAGGGAGGAGGCUGACCCUCCCGAUGUCAGGGCGCUCAGCCAGGGGGCCGUCUUCUCAGGAGAAAGGACCCCCGUGGGUUCCGAGUGCAUCUGGGUGCGAGAGGAGGCUUCCAGGAGACCCGAGGAGGAUGGGGGGGAGCAGGAGCAGAGUCAGCCUGAAGGGCUCCCUUUGCACAGACAGACUCAGGCCCUGGAGACCCAGGGAGUGGAAGAAGGAGCCGGGGAUCAGGGGUCAGGGAGGGAGGCUGCAGGAGAUGCGGGGUCCGAGGAAGAGGCAGGGGACAGCUGCGAGGCAGAGCAGGACAGGAAAGAGAGUGAGGAGAGGCCACGUUCGGAGGAUGGAACUGACCAGACUGGGCUGGGGGAUGAAGCUCAGGCAGAAGAGGCCAAGGAGGAGAAGGCGGGUGGCUGGGGCGCAGAGGCCGGGCUGCCCCAGGACGCAGAGGCCAGGGGGGCUAGAGGUGACGGCGACAGCGACGCAGAGAGCACCCCAGGGGCCGGGCCCCAGAAGGUGUUCACAGGCCAGUGGAGUAGUGAGGGUGCUCAGCCAGGCCAGGGAGCACUAAGCGCUGAGUGGGGAGCCUUGGGACGGGGGAUCACAGAAGGCCAGGAGCCUGAAUGGAUGGGAGGGCCCCAGUCCCCAACCAAGAAACCUGAGGGCAGCCAGGGGGUGGAGGAAGAGCCCCUGUGGGAGCCAGCACCAGGUGGAGAGGCAGUGGAGGGGGUCCUGGGGGAUGACCCUGAGUCCUUAGAAGGUUAUGAUGUCCAGGUCUCCGGGGCAGAAGCCUGGCAAAGUAGGAGGGAAAGGGCCAUGGAGGGGGCUGCUCUCCAGUUGCAGGUGGCCACAGAGGGGUUGGGGGAGGGGACUGCAGGAGGCCAGGCACUGGAGGUCCCUAGAGGCCGAGAGGCCGAGGUCCUGGAGAACCAGGAGGUAGGGGUGCAGUGCAGGGAGGCGGAGGGCCCUGGGCUGGGGACAGAGGAGGAAGAGGCCCCAGAGACAGAGCCCCGGGAGCCAGGCAGAGACCUUGAGGCUGAAGCAGGGACAGGUGGGCCACUGGAAGAGUCGGCAGUCACGGAUGGGGAAGGAGAAGCUGCAGGGCCAUGGGGGGCUGAGGAAGUGCCAUCAAGCUUCGAGGACAGCGAGGAGGGCACACGUCCCAGGAGCCCUCUGGCUACAGAGACCGUGGAGGCUCAGGCAGCCCAGAAUGUAAAAGAGUCUGAGCCCAGAAGGGGAGCUGGGGAGGCCGUGGAGAUGGAUUUGGAGAGAGGCCGGGGCUCAGAUGAGCCGGCACAGGCUGGGGCCAGUGAGGCGGCCACCCAGGGGGAGGACAGCCCGAAGGACUCCUCAGAGGUGACCGGCAAAGGCCACCAAGAAGAGGCCCAGGCGUCAGAGUCUGGGGGAGAGCCGGGCACGGCUGGGGGAUCUGCAGAGGCCGAAGGUCUCUGGGGGAUGGAAAGCUUCACCCCAGGCUCCCCAAAGGUGACAGUAGAGAGUACUGACCCCACCAGGGAGGCCGAGGGGCUCCCAAGAGAGCGGGUGGGGGAGGGAACAGAGGCUGGUGGGUGGCAAGCAGUGGGGCAGGGGCCCGAGUGUGAGGGGCAGCCUGGGGACCCCCACCUCGAGGGAGGAGCCCCGAGGAGCCUUGAACUGGAGGAUGUUGAGGAGGCUGGAGACCAGAAGCCGGAGGCCCUGGAGUGGAGGGAGGCUGAGGAAGGGGGGCAGGCUGAGGAGGCCGAGGAGAUGGGGGCAGCCGGAGAGGAGGAGGAGGCCGAAGAAGCAGGGGAAGUAGAGGAAGACAGGGAGGUUGAGGACAGCAGAGAGGAGGAGGAGUCGGCUGGGGAAACCGAGGAAGCCCGAGACACAGAGGAGGCCCAGGAGGCAGGAGAGGCUGUGGAGGCUGCAGAGGCCCGGGAGGCGAGGGAAGCAGAUAAUGUGGGGAAGGCUGAGGAGGCCCAGGGGGGUCUGGGGGCCGGAGAGGCUGAGGAGGCUGAGGGGGACGAAGAGUUGAGGGAGGCUGAGGAAGGGGGGCAGGCUGAGGAGGCCGAGGAGGUUGGGGGAGCUGGGGAGGCAGAGGAAGCCAGGGAGAGGGAGGAGGAGGCCAAGGGGGUGGAGGACAGCAGAGAGGAGGAGGAGGAGGCUGGGGUAACCGAGGAAGCCCGAGGCACAGAGGAGGCCAGGGAUGUUGGAAAGGCUAGGACGGGAGAGGGCGAGGCAGGGGAAGCCAGGAAGGCCGGGAUGGGUGAAGAGGCUGGGGCAACCGCUGAGGAGGCUGAGGAAGAUGGGGAGCCGGGGGACACUAGGGAGGCCCAGGAAGUUGGAGAAGCCCUGGAGGCUGGGGAAGCCCUGGAGGCCAUGCAGAACCAGGAGGCUGAACAGGCCGAGGCGGCCAGGGAGGCUGAGCCAGCUGGGGAGACGGAGGAGGCCCAUCUAGAAGGCCCAGAGGCUGUCCAGGGUCAGAAGGAGCAGCCAACAUGCCAGGGGCCUGCAGAGGCUGAGCCUGUGGUGCGAGGAGAAGCCGAGGCCGCUGAGGCCCCAGGACAUGCCUGCGGGGAGGCCUGCAGCAGCUGGCAGGAGGCCCUGCUCCCGGGGUCCCGCCUGGACGUCUCUGUCCCCCGGAGCCGCGCCCUUCUGUCCCGGAGCUCCUCACAGCGCCGCUCCCGGCCCUCCUUCCGCCGGACCCCAGCACCGGGGUCCCCCGAGGAGCCCCCCAUCCUGCCGCCAGAGGCUGAAUCGUCAGCUCUACUGCAGAGACUCCCCCAGGCAGAGACACCUCCUGCACCAAGCCCCCCAAGGCCUGAAGGGACCCCGGUGCCAGCCAGGAGAAGGCCCCUGGGACACGGGUUUGGUCUUGCACACGCUGGCAUGAUGCAGGAGCUACAAGCCCGUCUGGGCCAGCCGAAGCCCCAGUGACUGGGAGCCAGGCCCCGAGGGAGGGCCCUGCGCCCCCCAAGUCCCCAGUGCCACCGCAGACACCGCUGCCACGGAGACCUCACAUUCUUGGCGUGUUGGUCACGGAGCGGAGAAAGCCUGCCGUCUCCCACCGAUCCUGGACUGGCGGAGGCAGCUGGAUCACAUACCCCACUGAGGGUGGCGGGGGAACCAUUUCUCCCAGGCCCUGUCCUGAUUCUCUCCCCGGCUCACCUCAGCUGUCUGGAACCUUGAAAAGACUUGGAAGAGACAGGACAAUGAACUCCUUCCCUCUCAGACUCUUCCUUUUCUCCCCAGCGCCCACCUCGUCUCCAGGAGCUGUGCAGGCACACACUGCCCGCUCCCAAGAUGGAGCCAGCCCUAGAGGAAGGGGCUUUGGAGGGUUUAGGGAACGCUCCUUGGAAUCCAAGGUGGGUGGGUAGCAGGGCAGCUGCCUUGGGUUUCCAGAAUGGUAGCUCACACCCCCCCCCAACACCGCCCCCCCACCCCGCUUUUCAAACCCUGCUGGUGGUGAUGGCAACCACCGGCAGCCAGGCCGGAAUGGGGGACCCCCACACUGCUGGGGCAAAGAAGCAUCCUAAGUAGCCGGGUGACGGACCCCAUUCCAGGCCUUGCUACCCUUUGGGCUCCUUCUCUGGAAAGAAGUCAAGGCCGAAAGAAGCGUGGGAGCGCUUUAUUAGGCAUCCAGCAUCGUGGCUC